AUGCCUCCAGGUGGCAGCAGGUCGCGAUCAUGGCGGCAGGUGAAGGCGAACGCUUUGCCCCCGGGGGUGUCGGUGGGGGACCAAGUGCCGGGUCCCCGAAGCGGAGCGGCGUCAGUCGUCGUGGGAAACAAGCUAUUCAUGUUCGGAGGGUACGGAGGCAGCGGGCGAUUGGACGAUUUCUGGGAGUUCGAUUUUGAAAGUCGAAUCUGGAAAGAGGUGCACUGCCAAGGGCCCUCGCCCGGCGUGCGUGAGAACAAUGGUGUGGUGGAGUACAAAGGCUCUCUCUACCUGUUUGGGGGAUACAACGGGUCGCAAUGGCUCAACGACUUCCACGGUUUUCACAUCGAAACGCGAACUUGGCGAAAAGUGGAGCCCGCGGGGGCGCCGCCGGUUUCACGGUUUGGGUACGUGGCGGUGGUCCACAGCCACUACUUCUGCCUGUUUGGGGGAUACGACGGGACCACUUGGCUAAACGACAUGCACCGGUUCAACUUUGACACGUCCUUGUGGGAGGAGGUGAACACGUCGGGACAGAUCCCGUCCAUCCGGUCGUGCCCCAGCUGGUGCAAGGACGGCGACAACGUCUACGUCUUCGGGGGUUACGAUGGCGUACAGCGGAUGAACGAUUUUUACCGGUGUGAUCUGGAGACGAUGACGUGGGCGCAAAUACCGGGGAUAGGCGAUGUGCCGACCCCGAGAUACUUCCACUCGUGCGCCGUGCACAACGGAUCUAUGUACGUCUUCGGGGGAUACAACGGCUCCGACCGGCUGUGCGACUUCUUCGAGCACAACUUUGACACCGGCACAUGGACAGAGCUUGAGCCUCACGGAGACCUUCCGACGGGAAGAAGCAGCCUCGUGGCGCAGGUCCACGGUAACUCUCUCUUCAUCUUCGGAGGCUACAACGGCCAGGUGGUCCUGAACGACUUCUAUGAGUGGAGAUUCCAGCCGUUGCUGGUCCCACCGCCCACCCUGCAGGAGGACAUGCGGAAGCUGGUGAACAACCGGGAGCUGAGCGACGUGACGUUCAUCGUGGACGGCUUCCCCGUGUACGCCAGCCGCGUUCACCUCGCCCUCCGGUCCGAGCACUUCCGAGCGAUGCUGUACGGGGGCAUGCGGGAGAGCGAGAAGGGCGCGGAGAUCGAGAUCAAGGACGUGUCUCAUGCGGUGUUUCUGAAGCUGCUGGAGUAUCUCUACACGGACACUCUCUCGGACGUUACCGCUAACCAGGCCGUUCACCUUCUCGUCGCGUCCGAGCAGUACCUGCUGGCUCGGCUGAAGACCCUCUGCGAGGAGGCUAUCCGCACGAGCAUUACCGUCGACACCGUUUGCACCAUCUUCCUGCUGGCGCACAAGCACAACGCGGAGGGCCUCAAGGAAAUCGCGCUGGACUUCGUGCUGGACAACAUGGAAGGCGUCAAGGACACGGCGGGCUUCCUGGAGCUCAAGCAGGAGCCCGACCUACUCAUGGAGAUUAUUUUCCGACAGGCUUCGUGAUGUGUGAUUGGUGGAGUAGUUUUUAUGUUGUUGUUUAUCUUGGCUGUUUUUUAUGGAAAGCUGAGCAGCGCGAGCAAAAUUGGCGGUCGCUGUGUAUUUUUGCUCUGGUGUACA